CCAUCGGGUGAUUGCAAAUCAACUACACAAUUACGGACUCUGGCUGCUGCUCUGUGGAAGUUGCAGCUCUGUGUAUGGGUCUGUGUGUGUGUAUCUGAGACAUCACUGUGCAGUGUGUGUGAGUGGGUGCGUGCAGCGCCGUUGAGCCGCGUGUGUGAUGUCUUCAGAGCUGCUUGUGGAUUUGGGCGAAGACCCUGCGACCACACAGUUAGGACAGCUGAAGCUGGCUACGAUAGAGGACCAGCAGUGGCCCGCUGAUGAGUCUACUCUCAGCAAAUCAGAGACGGACAUCUCCCAGCGCUUCGAUGCUGGCUCUCCUCACUUGCCCUGGGACCAUCCUUUCUAUGACAUCGCCAGGCAUCAGAUCAUUGAAGUGGCAGGUGAUGACAACUUCGGCAGGAAGGUUAUAGUGUUUAACGCCUGCAGGAUGCCUCCACAGCAUCAGCUGGACCAUCAGAAGCUGCUGAUGUAUCUUAAAGGAACACUGGAUCAGUAUGUUGAAAGUGACUACACUCUGAUCUAUUUCCAUCAUGGGCUGACCAGUGAAAACAAACCAUCUCUCGGCUGGCUACGAGACGCAUACAGGGAGUUUGAUAGAAAGUACAAGAAGAACAUCAAGGCUCUGUAUAUCGUCCAUCCCACCAUGUUCAUCAAGACUCUGCUGAUCCUCUUCAAACCAAUUAUCAGUUUUAAGUUUGGCAGGAAGAUCAACUAUGUGAGCUAUCUGAGUGAGCUGGAGGACGUGGUAAAGUGCGAGCAGCUUCUCAUUCCAGCCCGUGUCAGAGAGUACGACAGCAAGUUGAGAGCGUCUAUGAAACCGACCACCCAGCCUCCCAUGUCUCCUCCUCACAGCCCUCCCCUCCCCAACCAGGUGUUUGGGGUGCCACUCCCGUUGCUCAGACAGAGGAGCCCAGACAGUGAAUGUGUUCCUGUGGUGAUGAGAGACACCAUUAGCUUCCUUUCAGAGCAAGGUUUGGAGAUUGAGGGGAUCUUCAGACGGUCUGCCAACGUGACUCUGGUGAAGGAGGUCCAGCUCAGAUACAACUCAGGAGCGACAGUGAAUUUCAGGGAGAUGGAGGACGUCCACUUGGCUGCUGUGAUCCUGAAGACGUUCCUUAGGGAACUACCUGAGCCUCUGCUGACCUACCAGCUCUACAACGACAUCGUCAACUUCGCCUCUGUGUCCAGUGACAGCCAGGUGACAGUCAUGAAGACACUGGUGGAGUCGCUGCCAGAGGAGAACUACGCAUCACUGCGAUACCUCAUCGCAUUCCUGGCACAGGUAUCAGCCAACAGUGAAGUGAAUAAGAUGACCAACAGUAACCUGGCUGUGGUGUUUGGUCCUAACCUGCUCUGGGGGCGGGACAACGCCAUGUCACUCAGCGCCAUUGGGCCAAUCAACAACUUCAUGAGAACCCUGCUAGACCAGCAGCAUCUGGUCUUCACCUAAAUCUGCCCCUUCACCCUGCAGUCUCUCUUCCAGUCAGAAACACCAUCCUUCCCCUACUGCAUUUAGCUUUUAGCUCUGCUUCUGACCAAGCAGGAGCUUCAUCAGGUUCUUUCUCUACCAACCGCACUUAGACAAGCCAACUUCAUCUGAUUUUACAUUUAAACACCUUACUGUUCACUUUAAAAAAGAUCCCGUGGGCCAGUUACAUUUGAUUUUAUCUCCCACCAGUCUUUACAUGCCCAUCAGCAGUGUCUUGUUAUGUCAGGCGGUCUGGACUGGUGCUGGCUCUUAGCCCGCAUAUCCAUUUCCAUGUAUCUCCAGGCAAUACGGAGGUGGAUGGAAAUGGUACAUACAUGUGACUGCAGCCAAAUAACCCUCUAUAAACAACUUACAGCACAAAAUUCAGCAGCUAAUAAAUACUUGACUUACUAUCCAUUCACACUGGGUCACUUGGGCAGAGGUCUGUGGAUGCAGAGUUAGUCUCACACAAACACUGGCUGCAAUCCAGGCAAACUGCAGCACAUGUCUGACUCUUCCACCUCUAUGUUACACCCAACCAGCCCUUCAAAAAAGUCCUCACUGCAUGUGUUUAUACCUGUACUGAAGUGUGUCCCAGGCCCGACUAGGACAGUCUGGUUAUUGUCUUUUUAUUGGACCUAGAUGCCUCCAGUCUCUCUUUAUGUCUGUACUGUGCUGUCAGUGUUGUCAGUCUGUCACUCUGCUGUUUUCUUUAUAGUGCCAAAAAAAAAAUAAAAAAAACUGGCCUCCAGCUGUCAGAAAGACAGAGAGAGAGGGGGGUGAUAAGACAUAAUGAAUAAUAACUACAGAUAGUGAAGCAGCCCAGAUGCUAGAAUUAUGAUCCCGAACUAAAGAGAGGAGAGAAUGGAGGUGAGUUUCCAUCUCCUUGAAAGUCUCAGGUUAACUUAAAAAAUGGUGAACUUGGUGCCAGAUGACAAUCUAUGAAAUGCUGUAAAUAAAGUAACCAGUGGAAUAGGAGCUGUGUGAUUCUACUAGCAGAUUAUUAAAAGCUAGAACCCCAAAUAGCUGUGCAUGUAGAUGAAAUGAGUGCUGGGCCUGGACCUAGUUUAGUUUUCAGACUCUCAGCUCUGUAAUACACUGUGCUAUACCCUGAUAGUCUUUCCUUGAUAAAUUUGACUUUAAUAUUGUAUUAAUGAUAUUAUGUAGGGACUUCCACACAUUUUUCCCUGUCACAACAUUCUAAUUUCAAUAGUAAGUGAUUUUUCACGUCUCAUCGUAGCUCAUCAGAGUAGCUGUUUGUUUUUUAUAUGGUACAGGAUAAACAGCCGACAUAACUGCUCACAGUGAGGUCUAAGAUUCAGUGGUACAAAAAACAGGAAACACAAACAGAUGCAGAAACUGUUCAGCAUGUCAUUAGAGUCACUUUAUUUUUAAUGUAUCCUCUUCUCCAUUAAUACCAGCUCAGCACUUCACCCAUGUGCACCUGCUGUCUUGAUAGAUUCAGUGUAGUUUAUAUUUUCACAGCUUUAAAUCCACCACUACAACAAUAGUCAUGUGUAGCCAAGUGUAGCUUUAGCACUCCUGCUCAUUGUGCGAGGAGACCUGAGAGAGGCUCAAGUGAUGAUAUAAUAGUGGUUUUAUUAGCAAGUGUUGUAGCAUUUAAUUUGGCUACUAUUUCUUGCCAUUCAUUCCAGCCACCACCUUUAGCCAUGUGGCAUCACCUCUGUGUGCAUUCUGCAUCAUUCAGUUUGCAUCAUGGUGAUAAUCAGUGCUAACCCUAUAAGAGAAGGUGGCCUACUGGCCAAACACCAUUUCAGUUUCUGCACUUCUAGUAUUUAUUCCAUCCUUCCAGCACAAACGAGCUGUAGUCCUAGGUGUGUAGCUAAGAUACGUCAACAUCGUUCACAUUGUUAAUGUAAUAACUGCUCAUUUCUUUUAUUAAUACAUUAAAUUCAAUUGAAUUUACUGGUUACAUUCAGCAUCAAUUAACCAAAUGUUUGUUGCAUGAGCUCCCAUCAACAUUACCUGCUGGUCAUGCAGUUUGGACCCAUGACCAGGCAAUGAGAGCGUCACAGCUUUACAGUAGAGGGAACUCUGAUUGUACCAAGUAGAUUGGUGGCCAUAUCUUCCACGUUGUACCAUGAAAGGUCACAGACCAAAAAGCUUGGAUACCAGUGGCUUCUGGUACAGGUACACUGGUGGAAGGUUCUGUGUCACUUUUGUCGAGGCUCUAUCUGGCCACACUAACAGCAUCCUGCUCUAGGGUCAGACUGUUCUUUUCAUUUAUUGGUGACUCAUUUUCUGAUCACUUGCAGUUGCCAAGUAGUAUUUCAUCAGUUAUCAUUGUUUGUAUUGUGGUGCAUCUUCAAGCUUUAUUUUUGGUCUAUUCAGUUCCCAAAGCCUUAAUUUAAAGAACCUUGCCUAAUUUUUGCCAUUUGUCUCCAAAUUCAGCUCAUUUAAAGCAUUCCGUUCUGUGUAAGAUUAAAAUGAUUUUUUUGGUGAAGCUGUUCAGUGCACUACUAACUGUAACAGGUAUGAUAUAUUAUGUAUGACUUUGGCAAGCACAGGAGCAAAACCUGAGUUACCUGUUUGACCUUUGUGACCACGAUCAGGGUCACAUCCGUUCUUUCCUGUAGUCAUAUAUGUAUGGCAGAUUAUGUAAAGAAAAUGAUGGUAUUGAAACAGUAAACAGUCUUUUAUUUUGUCAAUGGCCAAAACACUAGCAGUAAUUGAUAGUAGUGUUGUAAUGUUGCUAUUAUUCUUGAUAUGAGGGGACUGAAAUGCACCAAAAGAUCAGAGAUUUUAUUUCACUGAGAGAAAAGAAUUAAAAUAAAAAGAUAAAAAAAAAAAAAAAAA